AAGUGAGGGAAGGGUGAGAGAAAUCACGAGCUUCCAGGUGUCUGUCCCCCGCACUUCGGCGGACUCCAUGGAGCUUUAAGGGCUGCCCCUCAAAGCCUUUUUUGCCCCCCCUGCCGUCACUUUGGUGACUCUCCUUUCUUUUUUUUUUUUUUUUUUCCUAGUCUCCUCACUAUCAGUCGGUUAGCUCUCGUCGGCUGCCUUCUGGGAGAGGACACCCUCGCAUCCAGCAGCUCUCCUGCAUCACUAUGGAUAUUGCAGAUUGCCCUUUCCGGAAGAAACGGAGGCCGUGGAGCCCGGAACUGACCUCCGUGGCCUUGGUCGCCCUGGUGCUCGCGUUGUGCCAGAGCACCCCGGCGCAGGCAGAACCAGUGGAUGUACUGCGAGCCCUGCAGAUUCCAACUCUUCCCGAGGGCGUGAAGAAAGUCCCGGGCUUCUGCACAUCCCGACGCUCAAGCAGCCCUGACAAUGCCUACCGUAUCACCAAGAAAGCCCAAAUCUCAGCCCCUACCAAGCAACUCUUCUCAGGUCGUUUCCCAGAGAACUUCUCCAUCAUGGCCCUGGUGAAGGCCCACGCCGGUCUCCAGGCCUUCCUCCUCUCUAUUUAUAGCGAGCAGGGAGUCCAGCAGUUGGGUAUCGAGCUCGGCCGCUCACCCGUCUUCCUGUACGAGGACCAGCACGGCAAGCCAGCCCCUGAGGAUUACCCGCUUUUCAAAGGCGUCAACCUGGCUGAUGGCAAGUGGCAUCGCAUCGCAAUUUCAGUGUCCAAGAAAAAUGUGACCCUGCUUCUGGACUGCAAGAAGAAGAUGACCCGACCUUUGUCCCGCAGCAACAACGCCGAGGUGGACACCAACGGUAUCACCGUGUUCGGAGCCCGCCUGCUCGACGAGGAAGUGUUCCAGGGAGACAUUCAGCAGCUGCUGAUCGCCUCCAACGCUCAGGCCGCCUAUGACUUCUGUGAGCACUACAGCCCCGAUUGCGACUCCCCCCUGCCCAAGACGCAGGCGCAGGACCCCAACACAUAUAAGACAAAUGGAAAAGCCACCCCCACCAAAGCCUCUCUUGUCAAAGCCAAACCUACCCCAGCUAAGCCAGCAAAGGGCGGGUCCUUCAAAGUAGUCAAGCCUCCUAUUCCCAACAAAGCGCCCAAGACUUCAGCUAAACCACCAAAAUCUAAGCCCACUGCCAAGCCCACUGCCACCGCUGUCUUCUUGUCAAAGAUCAAGACUACAUCGGCUGCUAAGGUGAAGACUACAACUGCCCCAACUAAGAGCGCUAAAGUUGUGGCUGAGAAGAAGGCCAAUGGAAAAUCUGUUGUGGUGAAAACCACUAAAGCGUCAUCCGAGGUCAAAGUAAACGGAAAGGUGGUCGUAGACAAGACAGUCAGCAGUAUUGGAAAGUCUUCCAAUGAGAAGAAAGCAGCGUCCAAGGCCAAUGGGAAAACAAGCGCCGAGGUGAAAGAAGUCAAGGUCAAAGUUAACGGAAAAACCGAGAACAAAGCUAGCAGUGAGGCUAAAGCUACUAGCAACAGCAAAGUUACUGUGGUAGAAAAGAAAGGCGCAAAAAGCGAAACCACUACAAAAACAAAGACUGUUGUCAAAAUAGAGAAGACUAUUGUGAGUGCGGCGACAUCCGCUUCCAAAGUAGAAGCUACCAAAGCGCCCAAGGCCACAAAAGCAGCAAAGGCUGAGCCCACAAAAGCAUCUAAAACGUCUCAAGUCAAGUCAGAAGUCAAAGUAAAAUCGGUGGUCUCUAAAGUCCCCCUUGUCAAGCCUACGGCCGGUAAAGCCAUGAAUACGGUGGUGGAGAAGUUGUCCGUCGUGAAGAAGGUACUCACCACUGCGGCUCCUGUCCGGCCCACCCCACCAAGACCCACCAAGUCCAAGUCCGUGGUGGAUAUCAACAUCAAGUCCAUGCACAAACCUUUCCCACCAUUUGACAAGACCGCGCUGAGUGGCACUGGAGUUCCCAAGAAAUUUGACAACGGUUACCAACAGGAUGUAGACACUGAAUAUUCCGAAGCUGGGAACACCAACACAGAGACCGAUUAUUUCUAUGAGGAGACACUGCCAGAGUCCGAGGGUGAGGUGGUCGCACAAGAGCAGAUCCCCACGCAGACACCGGUGGACACAGCCUUGGCGGGGGAGGAGGUGGACUCUACCAAGACACAAGGUGUUGUUGAGGAGCCCUUCACCGAGGAGUAUGUGACCGGAGAUGUGGGAACGAGGGAAUACGACUAUUCCUAUGCGGAAUACAGCGAGCCCAUGCCUGAGGCCCGAAAGGAGGAAGCCGGUAUUGGCCCCGCCCUGUCCGCUGUGACAGACGAGGCAGACGGAGCCUACAGAGGAAUGAAGGGUGAGAAAGGAGAGCCUGCCGUGCUCGAGCCUGGUAUGCUUAUCGAGGGACCUCCUGGACCUGAAGGACCUGCUGGUCCUACCGGCCCCCCUGGUAGCUCCGGUCCUCCUGGUUCUGUCGGUGACCCCGGAGAGAGGGGACCUCCUGGCAAGGCUGGUCUACCUGGUGCUGACGGAGUUCCAGGACCACCUGGAUCCUCUGUGAUGCUGCCUUUCCGCUUUGGCCAGAGUGGAGGAGAUAAAGGUCCCGUUGUGUCAGCACAGGAAGCCCAAGCAGCUGCCAUCUUGUCUCAAGCCAGAAUGGCUUUGAAAGGUCCUCCUGGACCAAUGGGAUUCACAGGACGUCCCGGACCUCUGGGAAAUCCAGGAAGUCAUGGUCUAAAAGGAGAAAGUGGAGACCCCGGUCCUCAGGGGCCCAGGGGAGCUCAAGGUUUGAUGGGACCUCCAGGCAAAGCAGGAAGGAGAGGCCGUGCCGGAGCUGAUGGAGCCCGGGGAAUGCCUGGAGAGCCCGGUACUAAGGGUGAUCGUGGCUUUGACGGUCUUCCUGGUUUGCCAGGCGACAAAGGACACAGGGGUGACACUGGAGCAUUGGGACCCCCUGGACCUCAAGGAGAGGACGGCGAGAGGGGUGAUGACGGCGAGGUCGGACCCAGAGGUCUCCCCGGUGAAGCAGGACCUCGUGGUUUGCUUGGCCCCAAAGGUCCUCCAGGAAUUCCCGGACCUCCUGGAGUUCGAGGAAACGAUGGACCCGUUGGUCCCAAAGGCAACCUGGGUCCUCAAGGUGAGCCCGGACCUCCAGGUCAGCAGGGGACAUCAGGAACUCAGGGAAUGCCAGGACCUCAGGGUGCCAUGGGACCCCCAGGAGAGAAGGGACCUACAGGAAAACCAGGUCUGCCAGGAAUGCCAGGCGCUGACGGCCCUCCUGGUCACCCAGGAAAAGAGGGGCCAACCGGCACCAAAGGAAACCAGGGCCCUAACGGCCCCCAGGGUGCUAUUGGUUAUCCUGGCCCUCGCGGAAUCAAGGGGGAGCAAGGAAUUCGAGGACUGAAGGGCCACAAGGGAGAGAAGGGAGAAGAUGGCUUCCCUGGAAUCAAGGGAGACUUUGGUGUCAAAGGAGAGAGGGGUGAGAUCGGCGUUUCAGGCCCCAGAGGUGAGGAUGGCCCAGAGGGACCAAAAGGUCGAGUCGGUCCCCCUGGUGAGGUCGGUCCUCUCGGUCCCAUUGGCGAAAAGGGCAAACUCGGAGUACCUGGACUUCCGGGCUACCCUGGAAGACAAGGACCCAAGGGAUCUCUAGGAUUCCCAGGAUUCCCUGGCACUAACGGCGAGAAAGGAACAAGGGGUCUGGCAGGCAAAUCAGGACCAAGAGGACAAAGGGGCCCAACGGGUCCUAGAGGACAGAGAGGACCACGAGGGGCCACUGGAAAGCCUGGCGCAAAGGGAACUUCAGGAAGUGACGGCCCCCCUGGUCCACUUGGAGAGAGGGGACUGCCCGGACCUCAGGGAGCCAAUGGUUUCCCAGGACCAAAGGGACCGCCUGGACCACCAGGAAAGGAUGGACUGCCUGGACACCCCGGCCAGAGAGGAGAAGUUGGUUUCCAAGGAAAGAUGGGUCCACCAGGUCCUCCUGGAGUUGUCGGACCUCAAGGCCCAUCUGGAGAGACUGGUCCCUUAGGUGAGCGUGGCCAUCCUGGACCACCAGGUCCACCUGGAGAGCAGGGACUUUCAGGCCCCUCGGGCAAGGAAGGCACAAAGGGAGAUCCAGGCCCCCCUGGAGGUCCAGGUAAAGAUGGACCCCCUGGACUGAGAGGUUUCCCAGGAGAGAGAGGACUGCCCGGUACCCCAGGUGGUGGAGGACUUAAGGGAAGCGAAGGACCCCCCGGACCACCUGGAUCUGCUGGAUCUCCUGGUGAGAGAGGUCCUGCUGGCACUGCUGGACCUGUCGGACCCCCUGGUAGACCAGGCCCACAAGGACCUCCUGGUAACGCUGGAGAGAAGGGUGUUCCUGGUGAGAAAGGCCCAAUCGGCCCUGCAGGUCGGGAUGGAGUCCAGGGUCCAGUGGGUCUUCCAGGCCCUGCCGGAACCCCAGGAGGACCUGGUGAGGACGGAGAUAAGGGUGAGGUCGGUGAACACGGCCAGAAGGGAGCCAAGGGAGGAAAAGGAGAGCACGGACCUCCUGGUCCACCUGGGCCAAUGGGUCCCGUUGGUCAACCUGGUCCUGCUGGUGCUGAUGGUGAGCUCGGACCAAGGGGCCAACAGGGGCCUUUUGGUGCCAAGGGAGAUGAAGGAUCCCGAGGAUUCCCCGGAGCACCUGGACCCAUUGGACUGCAGGGAUUGCCUGGACCACCAGGCGAGAAGGGUGAGAAUGGAGAUGUUGGACCUUUGGGACCUCCAGGCCCACCAGGACCCCGUGGCCCAGCUGGACCAAGCGGAGCUGAUGGCCCUCAAGGUCCUCCUGGAGGUUUGGGUAAUCCUGGCCCUAUUGGAGAGAAGGGAGAGCCUGGAGAGGCUGGACCACCCGGAAUCGGUGGAGAACCAGGAAAGAAGGGUCCUCGCGGUGAGCGUGGAGAGAAGGGAGAGGCCGGACAACCUGGAACCGCUGGUGUUGCUGGAGGACGAGGACGACCUGGAGAUGAUGGUCCUAAAGGAAAUCCUGGUCCAGUUGGUUUCCCUGGUGAUCCUGGUCCUCCUGGUGAGGUUGGACCCAGAGGUGCAGAUGGUGCCAAAGGAGAGCAAGGAGAAGAUGGUGAACAGGGAGAAUCUGGUUCUCCUGGUCCCCCUGGAGAGAAUGGACCUCCUGGCCCACCAGGAAAGAGGGGUCCUGCUGGAGCAAGAGGAGCUGAGGGGCGACAAGGAGAAAAGGGAACCAAGGGUGACACAGGUGCCCUUGGCCCACCAGGAAAGACCGGUCCAGUUGGUCCUCAGGGCCAGCCAGGAAAACCAGGAACUGAAGGUCUGCGAGGUCUCCCAGGAUCAGUGGGUGAGCAAGGAUCUCCCGGCCCAGCCGGACCAAAGGGACCACCCGGACCUGUUGGACCACCUGGUUUGCUCGGUCUGCGAGGAGACCCUGGUGCGAAAGGAGAGAAAGGACAUCCAGGUCUUAUUGGCCUUAUUGGACCUCCAGGAGAGCAGGGAGAGAAGGGAGACCGAGGUUUGCCCGGACCUCAUGGAUCCAACGGACCCAAGGGAGAGACUGGAAUGCCCGGUGGCACUGGACCCCUUGGCCCUGCUGGUCCUCCUGGUCUUCCUGGUCCUCAAGGAGUCAAAGGAGCAAAGGGAGCUUCUGGAGGAUCUGGUCCUAAAGGAGAAAGAGGUGUUCCCGGACCUCCAGGACCUCCUGGUGCACCUGGCGAGGUCAUCCAGCCACUCCCCAUACAGAGAAGCCCUAAAUCCAAGCGCUCCAUCGACGCCAGCCAAUUGCUCCCUGAAUCUGACCCGGAAAUGCCCGCCUCCGACACAGCUGGCGCAGAGUUCAUGAUGGCCAGCGAAGGCAUGGAGGAGAUCUUCGGCUCCCUCAACUCACUAAGGCAGGAGAUCGAAACCAUGCGAUUCCCCAUGGGAACCCAGGACAGCCCUGCAAGAACCUGCCAGGAUCUCCGCCUCAGCCAGCCCGAGCUCCAAGAUGGAGAGUACUGGAUCGACCCCAACCAGGGCUGCUCCAGAGAUUCCUUUAAGGUCUUCUGUAACUUCACCAGUGGUGAAACAUGCCUGUAUCCACAGAAGAGCAUCAGCACGGUGAAGAUGAGUUCGUGGGAAAAGGAAACUCCGGGUACAUGGUACAGUGAGUUCGCUACAGGUGGAAAGUUCUAUUACGUGGACUCUGAUGGUGAGCCAGUGGGUGUAGUCCAACUGGGAUUCCUGCGCCUCCUGAGCGUCGUAGCCCGCCAGAACCUGACCUACAACUGCCAUCGCUCUGUGGCCUGGGCCGACCAGAGCGCAAACAACAACCACGAGAGGGCACUGCGCUUCCAGGGCGCCAAUGAAGAGGAGCUGAGCUAUGAGACCAACCCGUACAUCAAAGCGCUGGUGGACGGAUGCUCUUAUCGCAAAGGCUUCGACAGGACAGUGCUGGAGAUCAACACGCCACAGGUGGAACAUCUCCCUCUGCUGGACAUCAAAGUGUCAGACUUUGGGGAGAGCAACCAACAGUUUGGAUUUGAAGUGGGACCUGUGUGCUUCCAAGGCUAAUCUCACACUCACACACACACACACACGCUCGCACACACACUCACACGCACUUAGAGACACUUACAAGCCAUUCAUGCCAAAUAAUUUGUAAAUUAACUUGUAAAUGAUAUGUAACACACACACACACAAACGACACACACAUAUGGGGAUGGUGUUGCCUGAGCAAUGUAGCAUCCUCUUGACAAUUAAUGGACGUCAAAAAAAUAACCAAAAAAAUGAAGAGGUCUCAGAAGAAAGGACCAUCAAGAGGGAGAGUUGUUUCUACCAAGUGAUACAGCCCAGCCCAAAAACGCCCUCUUCUGGCCUCCCCUAGGCUGCCCUUACUCCCUCCCUUCGCCCGCCUGCCACCCGCCCCUCCAUCACACCGCCUUUGCUCCGCCCCUGCGGUUAAGAACCUCAGCAUUCUUCCCGAAAAGGUUUGCGACUUGUUAGCGUGAUCGCCUCUUGUGACCUUUCUGCUGACAUCCGGCAUGAGGGGGGGAUGGAUUUCCAUGCAAAUGUGGCGUGAUGCCGUCUUCGCUGAAUAAAAAUCUAUGUUUCCCUGAGAGAGCGCGUGUGGCAAAAAGUGCUAAUUGUGCCAAAAGUUUUGACUCAGUUUGUCUCCUCUUACCGUGUCAUCGAGCCUCCAGCUGGGCAAAUGUGCAUUACACUCCAUUUGUACAGACAUAGUGAUAUUCUAUUGUAUUUAUUUAAGAACAAACAGGGUGCUAUGACAUUUAUUAAAAAAAGAAACGGACCACCAAUUAUUCCCUCCAUCAGAUGUGGUAUAUUUCAUUUGUAUUUAUUUUUCCACCGGCCCUUUUUCGGAAGACCAGACCAAAGAUUCUACGGCUAUGCUGGAUUAUGUUUCCCCUCGGACUGUCCUGUGCUGUUCAAUGUUGCUUCCAGUGUAACCAUUAAAAGGUGACUCUCUCCACCUCUGCUUUUGACUUUUACCUUCUAACUGUUCACGUCGGCCGAGAGACCGCAAGGGGGCAGGAGGUGUUGGCGACGGGGAGGAUAAGGAAGGGGACCUGCCCGGCCUCCCAGUCUGUGUCAGCCAUAUUGUGGAUUUUUUUCCCCUGUUUCUGUUUGUUAAAUUUUGUUGCUGUUUUUGUUUUUAAAUAUAUCAGGGAAGUGGGCGGGAAAGGCCAAAAACUUUAAACGAAAUAAAAAAAAAAUGCCCUUCAGAUUGAACGACCUCAAUCGCUAGUUUGUUUUUAUUGAAGAUAUUUCGACGUGAAAAAAAUAUGGUGCUGAAAAAUAAGUAUUAUUUUAUAAUGUGUGUAAGUAUUUUUCUAAUUCCUGUAAUAUAUAAUCUUGGAAAAGGACCUUUUUGCCUUGUGUUUUUCUUCCA